GCCCUAAAGGCAUGCAUUCUGAACAUCCAGGAAGACAAAGGUCCCAUCACUAACUGUCAUCCUCAGCUCACCUCCCUGUGUGAUAUUCUAGAAAUUAUCCUAAGGAAAGGAAUCCGACGAGGAUGAGUUCAGACAUCCAACCAAAAUGCAACAUCUUUGCCCAGCCGUGUCAACGUUCUCUAUCUCCUUUUCUCUUCACACUUUGCUUUUCCACUUUUGUGUGGUCAGCCGUGGCCUUGGCUCUUAUCCAGAGCCAGUCUUGGGGCUAUGGAGAAGAGACUACUGGCACUGGAUGGAGCAACUUCCACAACAGGAUCACUGUCACAGAUUGACUCAACUCUCUUUGGCCUUGGAGAAAGCGAUUACCUGUAAAAAGACACUGACAGCACAAGGUAGAGGGCGUUAUUAUAUCCGCCAGGCAUUGAAUCAGAAGAUUAUGGCAGUGACAGUACACCAUCUUCUCCACACUCCAAAACUUCUAGAGUGGUAUGACCCUGAGAGCUCUGUGCUGGCCAAUGAGUGCUUUGCAGAGCCUUUCCUCUCACUACUGCUGGUCUUGUCACAGAUGAACUUCACCCUUGACCUAGAGAACAGCAGUUUUCUGGAUGAGAGCUGGCUCCUUCCAGUGUGUGAAAUGUAUAACACUGUCCCUUGCCGGGAGCUGGGAAUGGUGCUCAGGUACACUGAUGGUCGUAUUUUUGUAACGGAGGUUGUUCCAGGAAGUCAAGCUGAAGCUGAUGAAUGUGUUCAGGCAGGAGACAUCAUCGACGGAAUCAAUGGCAUUUCUUUGAGAAAUGCUAAAGGAGGAGAGGCUCAAACGGUUUUACAGAGACUUCGAGGGCAGCCGUUAAGUUUCCACAUAAUUCACUGGAAAUGGCACGAUGGGUCAGUAUACAGACCCUUGCUGCCUCAUCUCCAACUGAUACACAAAGAGAUCCCCAACUUUCAGCUUCAGUAUGAUAACAAGCCAGACAAGGAGAUGUCAGAAGACAGUCUGCAAGAUGACAGGUUGCUGUAUUCGCUGCGAUUCUUGGGUCAGGCGGACAUUGGAAUGUAUGGUGGAAAGGAAGUACUAGAUGAAGGCAUUGAGAAGGUCAUGGAGCAAAACUUACGACCACAGGAGGUGUUAUUCGAUGUGAAGGAAACAGAAGUAAUAUGUAUAAAAAACUCCACACAGGUCCUCUUUCAUCAUCAUUACCCUGAAAUUGCUUCGGUAGGACAACGGCUGGACAAGCGGACCCUCUUUGCUUACUGUGUGGCGAACUCUCCAGAAACACCUCAGACGACAUCUUUUAACUGUUUGGUGUUUGAGUCCAGCUCGGCCAAGGAGGCAACUGAAAUCAUCACCAGGAUAGCUGCUGGAUUCAGACACACUGAGUGGUUUGUGUGACAGAAUAUGGAGACAGCCAGCCAUGCAGCUGUGAUCCAGUUUUCUUACCUGAUGUUUUUCAUUACUAGUGAUUGAUCAGGUAGAGUUGGAAAGUUGAAGACGACUCAAAUUCACUACUGGACGCUGACAACUAAAGUAUACUUAGAUAAAAAUACGUGACUGAGGAAGUGUCCUUAGACAUUCCUAAAUGCAAUUGAAACAUCUCUGUGUACUUUUGUAAUUCUUCCUUUCAAGGGGAGUUUUAUAAUGAUCUCAUGGAGAAGGAUGGUGCUGAUUUAGUUCGCUGGUUUUGUUUCUUGUCCAUUGGAGCACCGGUGUUGGGAGUUGCUUUUCUGGGCAGACACACCAGCCACUUUUUUCUACCUCAUAUGGGUGACCGGGAAGCUGUCUUGCUCUAUAUAAUUGCAAUAUUUACUUCGAUUAUUUGUAUGUGUUGUGUUUCUUUUACUGUUACCUGAUUCUCCUAAUCUGUUCUCUUCAAUUUACUGCUCCCAUACAAGGAAAGGACCUUAAGUGUCCCAGGUAUAGUAUCAGAUCUUUCUCUUUCAGUAUUGAUCACCCCAUGUCAUGCAUUGGCACUGCUCUACCAACCAGUAUCACUUCCUAGUGUUACAGUGUUCCCUGCAGUUCUGACAAUUCCACAGGACAUGACAAACAACGUUGUUCAUCCCCAGUGGCAAAAUGGUGGGUUACUUUCCUUAAGUGCAUGCCAAAACAUGACAUCGAAAGGGAGUGUGCUGAGCUUGGCCCAAGGACUUGUAUGUGAAUGCAAUACUAGAUUUCCAUUUGAUGCCAGUACGUACAAUGAAUGAACGAGAGAGUGAAUGCAGUUAUUUAUGGACUUCCUGUUAGAGUAACUCAGGAAGAUUAUAUUGGCCCCACAAAUAAUUCUGGGUUAGAGGACAAAAUGAACUAGACUUAGAUCACGUCUUACUUUUUUCCAUCCAUCCAAGACAAUGUAAGUGAGAUGUUUAUGAACAAGGAUAUGAUAGGGCCUAUAAAAGAGGAAAUAUUCUUUGGUAGUGAAAUUGAGAACCAGAGUCAAGUAUAGUAAGGAUUGUAGAGCCAAAGCCCAAAAUAGAAAAAGACGCAUACCAACUAUGAUCCAAUUAAUAGGUUGACCUCACCAUGUUCCUUGGUUCAGUGCAUGUGAACCCAAGGGGUGGUGAUUAGUUAAAAUUCCACAUCUUUAUCACUUUCUGUUCCUGGCAGGAUUUGAGUUUAAGAGGGAGGUAAGAGGAUUGGAUUUAAAAAGCAUGGAGUUGUUAAAUGGUAAAGCUUCUGCACUUUCUGUUAAUGAAGCACAAUAAAUACUGGGGCCUUGGGAAGCGGCAGCUUCCGCUGUGGAAGCAAACCCUAAUGCAAGUUUCUGUAUUUAUAAUGGUGCAGAAAGUUGGCAGAAUAAGCAUAUUCAAAAUAUAUGCAAAUAGUUAAUAUCAAAAGCACUGACAAAUUUCUGAUCCUGUUCACUAUGAGGAGGUGGUAUGGUCAUUUAAAAUCUAACCCAACUUAAAAUUUAACAAAAGGCAACUUAAAAGCCCUAAGUGGGGAUAAGAUGAAAUAUGAACGUAAGCUAGCCAACAAUAUCAUAGAGGAUACCAAAAGUUUUUUUUUCCCCAAUAAAGAAUAAAAGAGGUGAGAAUAAAUAUUGGACUGCUGGAAAAUUCUGCUAGUGAGGUAGUAAUGGGGGAAAUGGCAAUGGCAGAUGAACUGAAUUAAGUAUUUUGCAUCAGUCUUCACUGUGGAAGACACUAGCAGUGUGCCAGAAGUCUGACAGUGUCAGGGGCAGAAGUGAGUUACUAGGGAGGUGUUUAGAAAGCUGUAAGGUCUGAAGGUAUAUAAAUGACCAGGACCAGAUGGUCUACACCCCAGGGUUCUGAAAGAGGUAGCUGAAGAGAUUGUGGAGGUAUUUGCAACGAUCUUUCAAGAAUCAGUGGAUUCUAUCAUGGUUCUGGAGGACUAGAAAAUUGCAAAUGUGACUUCAUUCUUCAAGAAGGGAGGGAGGCAGAAGAAAGGAAAUUAUAGGCCAGUUAGCCUGACCUCAGUGGUUGGGAAGAUGUUGGAGUUGAUUAUUAAGAAUGUGGUUUCAGGGCCAAAUUCAGCAUAAUUACCUUCAGGGAAAAUCUUGCCUGACAAAUCUAUUAGAAUUCUUUGAGGAAAUAAGCAGGAUAGACAAAGAGAACUUGGAUUUUCAGACCUCUGACAAGGUGCUGCACACAAGGCUGAUUAGCAGGGGGCAGAGUGUGAAUAAAGGGAACCUUUUUUGGUUUGCUGCCAGUGACUAGUAGUGUUUAAUGCAGGGGUUGGUGUUGGAACUGUUUCUUUUUACAUUGUAUGUCAAUGACUUAACUGACAGAAUUGAUGGCUUUGUGUCAAGUUUGCAGAUGAUACGUAAAUGGAGGUGGCAGAUAGUGUUGAAGCAGAGAAGGACUUGGACAGAUUAGGAAAAUGGACAAAGUAGCAGCAAGUAGAAUAUCAUGUUGAGUCUUUACUUGGAGUGUGCACAGAGGAGGUUCACAAUGAUGAUUAGGGAUAGAAAACCUUACCAUGAUCAAUUAAUGCCUCUGGGCCUUUACUCACUAGAAUUUAGAAGAAUGAGGGAGGAGCUCAUUAAAACCCUUCAAAUGAUGAAAGGCUUAGAGUGGAGGUUUCCCAUGGUGAGGAGUCUUGGACUAGAAGGCAGAGCCUCAGGACUUCCAUUUAGAAACAUAGUUGAGUAAUUUCUUCAGCCAGAGAAUGGUGAAUCUGUGGAAUUCAUUGCCACAGGUGGCUGUGGAGGCCAGCUCACUGGGUGUAUUUAAGAUGGAGGUCGAUAAGUUUCUUGAUUAGUCAGUGUGAAAUGGUAUGGGGUUGAGAGGGAAAUCAAUCAGCAAUGACAAAAUGGUGGAGCAGACUCGAUAGGCCAGAUGGCCUAGUUCUGCUCCUAUGAAAUAAAUGAGAGAUUUAUCUUUGGUUAAUGAAAAAUGAGCACCUGGGUGGGAGUGUCAAAAUUGAGAAUCUGCACAAAUUGGAUAUCUAAUUUGUUUACUAACUUAAACUGUGAAAAUGGUAUUUAAUAAAAACUGUCUAUUGCUAUACUUUAACCAAUACCUUGAAUCAUCCUUGAACCAAGCAUUUUAAAGUUCAUAUUCUACUGUCACCAAUUACCAAUGUGUAGCAGUCUUAAUUGGCAAACCUUCUAUGAAAAAAUAGCAACUGUAUUAAUAUUGUUCUUUAGCAUGGGCCUUCAUAAGGUUAUCGUUAUCCUUAUCUCUACCUUAGACGGCAGCAAAAACACUAAUUUGUUGGGGCUGUUACAAAAGCUCAAGUUUUGAAAUACUAUAAACUGCUUAGCUUGUAACUUAUUAGGUCUAGAAAUUUAUCUCUGUCCCUCUAUAAAAUUAUUGAAAUCUCUAAUAAAGAUUGAUCUUUACUAAAUUGUCAUUCUUUAAUACACAAGUGCAAAGGAGAAUGAACUGAUGCAUUAAAAAAUAAAAAAACAAUCCUAUAAAACAGUGUACUUUAUUUAACACUGGGGGAUAUAUAAUGGCUAAAGGGUGGAGGAGUUGAACAGUUUGGGGAAGUAACUG